CGUCUCUCAGGACUGUGGUUUCGGCUGUACAGGAGGCGGUGUGUUUCAGAGGGACUGUGCACUCCCUCUGAAACACACACACACACGCAUCUCAACACACACCUCUCAUACACAGUGGAGGAGAAACCAGGCUGCUGCUGCUGCUGCGUGCGCGCGCUCUGGUCCAGCUGGAUUUCUGUGGAUUAUCAAUCAGACGUGCACAGAGACUGCGACACCAUCACGACAAGACACUCAAACAUCCAAAUUGAGUGAAAUCUCAUCUACACAGCCCAUAUGAGUGAGCAAUGCAGCAGCCGUGAGCAGCAGAGCAACUGUGUUUGUGGUUGAAUAAAGGUCCAUUAGUGUAGUGUCCGUUCACUUGCCGCGUUUGACCCGGUCCUCUGUAUCUGUGUCUCUGAAAGAUGUCGACGGCUGAAAAUGGAGUCGGAGGACCAAGCAGAGAGAAAACCUAUAAGAAGGCUGAGGAACCCAAUGACAACAUCAUCAUCGGCUAUUAAAGGAGCCAUCCAGUUGGGCAUUGGUUACACUGUUGGGAAUUUGACCUCAAAACCUGACCGAGAUGUUCUCAUGCAGGAUUUUUACGUGGUGGAGAGUGUGUUUCUGCCCAGUGAGGGCAGUAACCUGACUCCAGCACACCACUACCCUGACUUCCGGUUCAAAACCUAUGCACCGUUGGCCUUCCGGUAUUUCCGAGAGCUGUUUGGAAUUAAACCAGAUGACUACCUGUACUCCAUCUGCAAGGAGCCCCUGAUCGAGCUGUCCAACCCCGGGGCCAGCGGCUCGCUCUUCUACCUGACCAGCGAUGACGAGUUCAUCAUCAAGACUCUACAGCACAAGGAGGCUGAGUUUCUGCAGAAACUGCUGCCAGGCUAUUACAUGAACCUCAACCAGAACCCCAGGACACUUUUGCCAAAGUUCUACGGUCUCUACUGCAUGCAGUCGGGUGGAAUGAACAUCCGCGUGGUGGUUAUGAACAACGUCCUGCCCCGCUCUGUAAAAAUGCACUACAAAUAUGACCUCAAAGGUUCCACGUACAAGCGGCGAGCCUCUCGAAAAGAGCGUGAGAAAUCCUGUCCCACUUACAAGGAUCUGGACUUUCAGGACAUGCAUGAAGGCCUGUACUUUGACACAGAGACCUAUAACGCUUUGAUGAAGACCCUACAGCGUGACUGUCGGGUGUUGGAGAGCUUUAAGAUCAUGGAUUACAGCUUGCUCCUGGGCAUACACAUGCUGGACACACAGAACCACAGAGAAGCAGAUGGAAGUGGAGGAGACGGCAGGCGUCCUGUAGGACAGAGGGUCCUCUACUCCACCGCCAUGGAGUCCAUCCAGGGGGGCGGCAAGGCGGCAGAGGCCGUAACCACAGAUGACACAAUGGGAGGAAUCCCAGCCAGAACCAACAGGGGCGAGAAGCUGCUGAUUUUCCUGGGGAUAAUCGACAUCCUGCAAUCGUACAGGUUUAUCAAGAAGCUGGAGCACUCUUGGAAAGCGCUUGUCUACGAUGGUGAUACGGUGUCUGUUCACAGGCCGAGCUUUUACGCAAACAGGUUUCUCAAAUUCAUGAGCACCAGAGUCUUCCGGAAAAUUCACACAAACCGGUAUUCUCCCUCUAAGAGAGUGCGUAACUCCAUAGUCCCGAUGAAAUCGUCCUCUCAGGAGCUGCUGUCCCCGCAGAGGGAGGACAGAGCAGAGGACCGGGCUGAGAGACUAGUGGCAGCCCGCAGUCUUGCCAGUCUGGAUGGACAAGUAUCUAGUUAUUACCGUCGACCCGACCUGGUCCCGGUCACAGCUGCCUACGGUGAACCUUCAUCAAUGGCCAGUACUAUGUACGUCAGCGACAGAUACCUGCCUCCUAGAUCAAACUACCGAUAUCCUGUCAACUCCUACUCUAACUUCAGGAUGGAGGACAGCGCCAUCUGUCUGACGUCCGAGCAAAGCACAGUGGACACGGACCGAGACGACGGCUCAGUGCUGGACGUUUACUUUAUUGUCUUGGUCUGGUCAGUCAAUAUCACAAUGCCACUGAACAUGGAGAAAAACCUAUGACAGAGCGCACUUUUCUUCUUCUCGCGAUCUUCAGAAGAUCUGGAUGAUACAACCUGAACAUGUGGAACAGACUAAAUAUUUCUUAUGGGUGAAUUUAUUUCAUAAGCUAUAAUAGAUGAUUUAUUUGUUUAAAAAAAAGGACGUUUAAUGCAUUAGAUAUUAAAAGGAUGUGCACGUUAAUGAACAAACUGUAGUACUGGAUCUCCCAAAAUUCUCCCCACAUGCAGCACUUAAAUUAAUCUAAAAAUAAAGCAGAAUGUACACUGAUCAGGCAUAGCAUUAUGACCACCUGCUUCAUAUCGUGUUGGUCCCCCUUUUGCAGCCAAAACAGCCCUGACCCGUCGAGGCAUGGACUCCACUAGAUCCCUGAAGGUGUGCUGUGGUAUCUGGCACCAAGAUGUUAGCAGCGGAUCCUUUAAGUCCUGUAAGUUUGCGAGGUGGGGUCCCUGGAUACUUAUAGGACUUAAAGGAUUCUUUUGAUAGAUAUUGACCACUGCAGACCAGGAACACCCCACAAGAGCUGCAGUUUUGGAGAUGAUCCAGUCGUCUAGCCAUCACAAUUUGGCCCUUGUGAAACUCGCUCAAAUCCUCAAAUCCCAUGAUUGACAUUUCUUUGUAAAUUCACACGGAAUCGUCUUAGCUCAGGUGGUAGCUCAGGAGGUUAAGGCUCGGGGUUGUUGAUCAGAAGACGGGGUUCAAGCCCCAGUUCCACCAAGCUGCCACUGCUGGGCAAUUGAGCAAGGCCCUUGACCCUGUCUGCUCCACAGGGCACUGCCGCAGCACUCUGACCCCAACUUCCUUAGCUUAGCUUCCUUAGAUAUGCGAAGAAAAGAAUUCCACCGUCCUGUAAUGUAUGUGUGGCGAUAAUAAAGGCUUCCUCUGACUUCUUGUAUAUGAAGUCCAUCACAAUCUUGUGAUAGCUUCCUCAUAGAACCAUGAGAAGGAGUUUUAUAUACAGAUACAUUCUUCUUUUGUGAAGAAAAAUUCUUAAAAGCUAUCUGAAAUAAAAUACUAUAUAUAAGCAAAGUUAAAAAUUCUUUAGACAUUUGGAACACUCUGUAUAAUUAAAGCAUUUUAAUGAUAAUAUUUCAGCGUAAAAUGUGGUUAUGUGGUAGAAUGUGGACAGACAAACAUGCUGUUGAUGGUGUAGAGUUUUAAAUUAUUAAUAAUAUUUUUAAUUAUUUAUUUAUUCCAGUCAUUGAAUCAACCGUGUAUAUUAUCUUUAUAGCUUUAGUACAAAGCAAAAAAGUGCUGGAAUGCAAAAGAUGUCUUCCUUUAACAGUCGCACAUAAAGCUAAGAAAAACUUUCUUUAAAUAUAAACUAAACAUGGA